UUGCACAGUUUUGAAAUCAAACUUUUUAAGUGUUCAUUAUAUUUCAGUGGAUAUGUGCUUGCCAAAGAUGUGACCUGGUUCCUCCGUAAAUACAGCUAUUUUCCCAGCUAUAAUAUUCCAUUCUUCCUCGAAAUAAGCAGGAUGAGUGGCUGGGAUGAGAAAUCAAAAACGAACGAUUGGUUCAAAUGGGGCAGUUGUCCUCGUGCAAAAAUAUUCGAUCGCGACCAUGUGAAGGUUGUGGAUAUUGAACAAUUGCAAAAACUUAUGAGAUAUAAUGACUAUCAACAUGAGCCGUUCAGUCGUUGCAAGUGUGUUCCACCGUAUACGGCCGAAGCGAGUAUUUCAACACGUGGCGAUUUGAAUCCAGCGAAUGGCACUUAUGAAUUAGAGGGUAUGGGUCAUAAAAAUCAUGGAGGAUUAGACUUCAAGGUUAUCAUUUGUUGUCCUUCAGUGGGAGUCCUAGAUGAUGGUCGUAACUUUAAGCGAUGA